CAGCGCCACCUAGUGACGUAGUUUCUCCAUUACUAUAAAUAUGAGGCGCGAUCCGCGCCGUACCUACUCUUUUUUACUUUUCCCUUCAAUUCGAAUCUCUUGUAUUAAACGUGGUGAAUAAAUAUUGAGUCAAGUUACCGAAAUCCCUUUUAUUUACGUGAAAGCAGGGUCUAAACAUAUGGUGACCCCGACGUGAUCUUCGCGAGCUCCUACUUAGUUUUCACGCGCGUGAACGUCCGCAAGACAGACGAUACUCCGUUUCGCGGCGAACCGACACGCCCGCCAUUAUACACGUGGCACGUGGAGCAGGCCGGGAACUACGCAUCACGCAACCAUUCUACGCGUUUAACAGCGCAUCCUGCGACGAAUAAGGCGAGGAGAGAAAGACGCUUCCCAUCCUCACAACAUUUUCAAGAGAUUUCUGCUUUACGUUCAAGGAGAGAGUGACCUUUCAGCGCUCUGCAAUCCGACUCGAUCACCGACGAUUGUUCUCCACUUCACCUACAACACCGAGGCUUAUUAACGAAGUCCAAAAAAGAAACCAACUGCGACGAACACGGCGUUAUCGCCUUUACGGCGGAUCAACGACGAACCAACGCAUCCUACGAGGCCAAGUAAGUGAGCUGGUAUUCCUUUCCAAAAUCCGUAAAAAUUCACCUUUCUGACUUGCCCAACCAUUUUUCAUAGUAGUUUUAGUGCACUAAUAGGUACCUCUCAUUUCAAAAUGAGCGAUAGUGAAAGCGAUAAUAGCCGCUCGGAAAUAAAAGAUACUAGUCUUAAGUUGUUAAUACAACGACGAGGCGUAUUAAAACGCAAGCUUACUUUGUUUGUUAAAUAUCUCAAUGCAUUAGAUUCAUCGAAAUUAACGGCAGACAACUUAAUGGAUUUAUCUUUACGAGUAGAUAAUUUUUCUAAAUUAAUUUGCGAUUUUCAAGGCAUCCAGGAUAAAAUCGAGCUAAUAAGUGCGGAAAUCGAAGUGGAAUGUGGUGAACGUGAGCGCUUUGAAAAUUCUUUUUACUCGGCCUAUGCAAAAUCGAAGGUAAUCCUUGGUAACCACGCGGGCGCGAGCGCAGUCGCGGCGCCGCCGCAGAUGCAGCAAGCCCUGCCCCCGCGCCAGUCGUCAUUCGAUCACGACCCACAUGGGACGACAGCCGAGUGUAUCAAACUCCCUGAGAUAUCGCUCCCUUCGUUUGAUGGAAUUCAAGUCUUUCCUUCGCGCUCGUGCUGAUCUACUAGACACUACAGGUCAGGCGGAUCGCUCACUGCAACAUAGUACAUCACGGAGGACCAUGGUAACCACGUCCAACUCCAACUUGAAGGUAAAACCCACACGUAAUCCUAACCAGUGUCCCCUUUGCUCUCAAAGUCAUUAUAUAAAUCAAUGUCCCAAGUUUUUAGCGCAAACCCCACAAACUCGAAUUCAUACUACAACCAAAUUGCGUUUAUGUCUUAAUUGUUUAGCUUCAAACCAUUUACUACCGAACUGUCGCGCGACUGUGUGCCGUGUGUGCAAAGGCAAACAUCACACCCUACUACAUGUUUAUAAAAACACUUCACAAGGACCGGCAUAUAAUCAAACUUCUACUUUAUAUAAUCCGACUUCUGAAACGACUUCAAUACAAACAAAUAGUUUACCGACACAGUCAGACACAAAACAACAAAAUAAUAUUAAUUCAAAUCACACACCUAUCCAAAUUCAUACUAAUAACCAAGUAGUAAAUUCGACAUUAACUACACAAUCAAUCGAGAACACCGAUAACGGCGCGGGCGCAUGCAUGAUUACGCAACCCCCGUCAGCUGUCCUAUUGUCUACGGCUCAGGUAUGCAUUCUUGAUUCGAACAAACAACCUCACAUUUUACGCGCGUUGCUCGACUCCGGCUCGCAAUCGAAUUUCAUUACCGAAACCGCAUUUAACAAACUAAAGUUAACAAAAACCGAAUUUAACAUGGAGGUAACUGGUUUUAAUAACGCAAAAUCCCACAUUACGCAUAGAUGUCAAUUAACAUUACGAUCCAAAACAGAUGAUACCUUUUCUAUAGAUCUAUCUUGUUUUAUUGUGCCCAACAUUUGUAGUUUAACGAUACAAAUACCGAAGGAUAGCUUUCAUAUACCGGCACGAAUAAAAUUAGCCGAUGAGCACUUUUAUUCAGGAGGCAAUAUAGACAUUAUUUUAGGGGCCGAACAAUUUUACUCUUUAUUAUGUAUCGGUCAACACCGUUUAGGUGACGGAUUACCGAUUUUACAGCGAACAAGACUCGGAUGGGUAGUGUCGGGACCGGUUGACUCGCUCGCAAAUAAAAUACAAUGUAAUAUUUCUUUAAGUAAUCAAAUAAAAAAAUUUUGGGAAAUCGAAAAUUGUAGUGAUUGUACAGAGUUGCACACGUUACCUGAUGAUGAAAAAACAUGCGAAGAGAUUUUUAUAAAUACUCACAAACGCACCUCUGAUGGUAACUUUGUAGUAGAACUACCACUAAUGUACCCACCAAAUACUUUGGGCAAUUCAAGAAAUACAGCUUACAGACGUUUCAAAGCGUUAGAAUUAAAGUUUCAGCGAGAUCCGAAAUUUAAACAAAAAUACGUUGACUUUAUGCGUGAGUUCGAACAAACAGGCCACAUGAUUAAAUUACAAAAUACACAUGAUGGCCCAUUAAUUUUUUUGCCCCACCAUGCCGUCACCCGGGACUCCCCUACAACCCCUAUCCGAGUAGUUUUUGACGCCUCCUGCCCCACCGACACCGGAACUUCAUUAAACGACAUCCAAUACAAAGGGUCAAUAGAACAAGAUGAGUUAUUCAAUAUACUACUAAGGUUUAGAAAACACAAAUACGUUAUUAGUGCGGACAUAUCUCGUAUGUACCGUUGCAUAUAUUUAUCUCCAAACCAAACAUACCUACAAUCGAUUUUAUGGCGCGAGAAUCCGACGGACCCUAUACAAAUAUAUACAUUAACGACACUUAGCUUCGGGUUGAAGUCGGCACCGCACUUAGCGACACGUUGUCUAACACAAUUAGUACGCGAAAACCUGGUCUCAUUUCCAGCAGCUGCCGCCGCUAUUGCAAACGAGUUCUGGAUUGAUGAUUGGAUCUCCAGCAUGGAGACCGAGGAACAGGUAGUGGAAACAGCCCAACAGGUGGACGCCAUCCUGCGCGGUGCCGGUUUCAAGCUGCAAAAAUGGAAAUCAAAUUCCACUUCUAUUUUAAAUCAGGUCAGUGAUAAUAAUCAAACGAAUACAACCACUCAAUUUGGAGACAAAACACAUAAAGUAUUAGGCCUAGCAUGGUCACCCGACACUGAUAAUCUCAAGUAUAUAUUUAAUCCGGCCCCAAUACAAAAACCCAUUACCAAACGUAAAAUAUUGUCAUUAAUAUCAGGUAUUUUUGAUCCACUUGGGCUAUUGGGGCCAAUUUUAGUAACUGGAAAAAUAUUCAUCCAACAGUUAUGGAAAGAUAAAACCAACUGGGAUGACCCGGUACCACCACCUUUAAUAAAGGAAUGGGAACAUUUUUAUAACAGUUUAUUUUCAAUUAAUAAAAUGAACAUUCCCCGACAAGUCAUUUGCAGCCAAUACACAAAUCGCACCCUUCGUGGAAAAACGCAUAAGUAUCUCUGA